UGUGCCUUACAUAAAUGCGUAUGUCGGCUCGGCAGACGGAGUGGAUUUGACUCGGCUCACCUCCUGCUCGUUCGAGAAGCCCUUCUCUCUCUGCUCGCCCGUAGCUGGUUGUUCGGUGGUGGUGAAGUGCCGCGAUGAAGCUCUUCAUCCUCCUCCUCCUCGCGUUCUGUGCUGCUCUCUGCUCCCCAUGCGUGGGCGAAGAGGACUACGACGAUCGGCCCUACAUGCAGCCCUUCCAUCUAAUUCCACCUCCCCUGAGCGUCCAGGCCACGGAGCAGCCUCUCGCGUCCAACGAGACGUGGGACUACCCCGAGCCGCUUGCGCCCGGCCAAAGUCCCGCUGCCUCAUCGGAAGAGGGCAGUUCCGAGGAGAAAGGGGACGAGAGGGAGUCCCACCGAGGCGAAGGCAGAAGGGGUAGAAAGGACAAGUAUAAGUCCAAGACUCAGCGCAUCGCCUCUGCCGUCAACGGUCUGGGCUUCAGGCUCUACAAGCAGGUGCUGGGAGGCGCGGGACCGGCCGACAACAUCUUCUUCUCGCCCCUGAGCAUCGCCUCGGCGCUGGGUGUCGUGGCCGCGGGCGCGAACGGAAGCACCCGGGCUGAGCUGGAUACGGCGCUCGGCUUCAAGGAGCUCCUGCAUGGAAAGAAGAAGGCCAAGUCCAUGAAGUACUUCGCGAGGCUCAACAGCGCCCUUUACAGGAGAAGCGCGGGUUUCGAGCUGAUGGGCAAGAACGUGGUCUUCAGCAAGAAGGGCCUCUGGCUGUACCGGCAGUUCACGCGUACGGUCGCCCACUUAUUCAAGAGCAACGUGAGGUCGGUGGACUUUGGCGAGUCGAAGGAGGCGGUGGAGCUCAUGAACGCUUACAUCGAGAAGGUCACCUCGAAGAAAUUCACGGAUGUCAUCUCCGACGUGGACACGGCUACCUCUCUCAUGAUCGUCAAUGUCAUUUAUUUCAAAGGAUCGUGGGCAAACAAGUUUGAACCCGACCUCACGAAGAACGUCCGCUUCUGGGUCAACAGCAGCUACUCGAUGAUGGUGCCCACAAUGCACCAGAGGGCCAAGCUCAGCUACGCACAGGACCGCAAGUUGCGCUCCACAGUCAUCAAGCUGCCGUAUGAGGGCGGGGCGAGUAUGCUGGUCAUCGUUCCGCACAGGACAGAGGAGCUGCCCAAGGUGGAGGAGAGCGUCUCCCAGGAGCAGUUGGAGGAGUGGCUCUCUCUGCUGGGUCCCAGCAACCACUAUGUCCAGCUAUCUCUUCCAAAGUUCAAGAUCAGCGUGUCCUAUGACCUGAAAGCCUACCUGAGUGCAAUGGGGAUGCCCAGCAUGUUCAGCUACGGAGCAGACUUGUCUCGGAUCACCGGCAUGCAGAAGCUACACGUGGACAAGAUCACUCAUAAGUCAGUGUUGCAUGUGAACGAGGAAGGGACAGAGGCCAAGGCCGAGACCGUCGUUGGCAUCAUGCCCAUAUCCAUGCCACCAACGGUGACCGUGGAUAGGCCUUUUGUGGUGCUCAUAUACGAUGAGAAAACGAGAGCUGUGAUCUUCAUGGGCCGAGUGGCAGAUCCCAAGCAGUGAUUACACACUUCACAUUCUCAAAGAGCUUCGCAAAACAUUGUUGACCCUUGUCCAAAUGUUUGAAAAUGUCAUUUAAACAUUAACAUACUUUUAUUACGUUUUUUCCCCAAACAUGAAAAUGUGAUUUGAUACACUUGCAUCACUUCGUAAUUGUAACCAUGAUUUUUACACAUCUAAAAUGACCAGAAGUUGCCCCCCCCCUCUCAUUUUAAAUAAAAGUGAGCACACAACAUGCAUUCUGGUAGAAACAAAACUUUUUAUUGGAGGCUUCGUAAUAAAAUGAAAGUUAUGACAACGUA